CUUAAUUUUUAUAGUUGAUUGUCACGAACUUCAAGUUGUAGAAUAAAAAAACUCGUUUCUAUCGUCCUAUAUUCAGUUCUUGGCUUUUCCACAAGGCUCUCUAAAGUCAUAUGUAUUAUAACUAAAUCUAACUAAACAAGAGCCAUCUAGACAAUGUAAAUUGAUAAUUUUUGGAAAUUUGUUAUUGCUGUUGACUUUUUCAUUUUUAAAUAUUCCCAUAAUAUGAUAAUAUAGAUAAACCAUUGUUAAUUGUUGUUAUUAUUUAAAAUGCAUUAUUUUGCACUAUGUAAUCAAAUAUUAAACAUCCACCUUAACUAUUUACAUUCCUAAUUUUUGGAGUUAACCAUCGAUUAAAAUAAUCGUAAGUCGAAUAGUUAUUUCAUUGUAUAUACGGAAUUCUUUUUGAGUAUACAUUUUCGAAACACUUAUUGUAAUUAUUAAGGAGGUUUACUUUAUAUGGAAACUCCUUCUGAUUGGAUUGGUGAAGCUAAAAAAAUAAUAGAAAAUGAGAAAUUCUUAGUGAAUCGUAUAGAAAUAUCAUCUCUUGAAUUAUCUGAUGGUGUUUAUUUGAAUAUUGAAACAUUAGAGAAUUGUAAUUAUUGUGUGUUAUUGAAUGAUUGCGGUUUUCGUGUUGUUUCAUAUGUUUUUGAUAAAAAUAUAGAGAUUACCAAUACAUAUUACGAAACAAUAUUUGCAUUAUUGUCAAACAUAAGUCAUGCUCUUAUGAUAAUCAAAAAUAAUAAAAUGGAAAUGAGUGAUAUUCGACCUGCUAAUGAAGAACAAGUUGGACAAACCCUAGAAAAAGAUGUAUUGGCAAUUGAAAAAGAUCCUUCAAUUGCAGAUCAAGAUGAUUUACAAGCUAAAGAAAAAGAAAAGAAGCUUGGGCAUAGACGAGUUGGAGUUGAUGGUGAAAUUACUUAUAAAAAGAUACAAACUGGUCAAAUUAUGGGAUCUAUACAGCUUGGAAUACAGCAUGCAGUUGGUGGUCUUGCAUCUAAGCCUGAACGUGAUUUACUCAUGCAAGAUUUUAUGACUGUUGAAACGACCACAUUUCCAAGUGAUGGUACAAAUCACACACCUGCUCACCAUUAUCCAGAAUUUAUUUUUAAAACAUAUGCUCCAAUUGCAUUCCGUUAUUUUCGAGACUUAUUUGGUAUACAACCAGAUGAUUAUUUGAUAUCAUUUUGUAAUUCACCACUUCGUGAGCUAUCUAAUCCUGGCGCUAGUGGUUCUAUUUUUUAUCUUACUCGUGAUGAUGAAUUUAUUAUGAAAACUGUUCAGCAUAAGGAAGGUGAAUUUUUACAAAAACUUCUUCCUGGUUAUUACAUGAAUUUAAAUCAGAACCCACGAACUUUAUUGCCAAAAUUUUUUGGACUUUACUGUUAUCAAUGUAACUCAAAAAACAUAAGACUAGUAGCUAUGAACAAUUUGUUACCAUCAAAUAUAAAAAUACAUCAAAAGUAUGAUCUUAAAGGUUCUACUUACAAAAGAAAAGCUUCCAAAGAUGAAAGACAAAAGUCUUCUCCAACUUUUAAAGAUUUAGACUUUAAAGAACAUCACCCUGAUGGAAUAUUUUUGGAAUCUGAUACACAUGCAGCUUUACUUAAAACAAUGCAAAGAGAUUGUAGAGUGUUAGAAAGUUUUAAAAUUAUGGAUUACAGUUUGUUAGUGGGAGUUCAUAAUGUUGAUCUUGCACAAAGAGAAAAAGAAGAACGACGCAUUGCAAGACUACGUAAAUCUGUUGAAAAUGAUGCUGAUACUUUAUCAGAAACUUCAACAUUAAGUCGUACUGCUGAAGCAAAUCGACAACGCUUAAUGGCUCAUUCAACUGCAAUGGAAAGUAUUCAAGCAGAUACUGGAGUUUCAUCUGAUGAAGAUAAUUCUUCACCUAGAGGUGGCAUUCCUGCUAGAAGUGGUAAUGGUGAUAGUUUGUUAUUAUUUGUCGGCAUCAUUGAUAUAUUGCAAAGUUAUCGAUUGAAAAAAAAACUUGAACAUACUUUUAAAGCAAUAAUUCAUGAUGGUGAUACUGUAUCUGUACAUAGACCAGAUUUUUAUGCUACAAGAUUUCUUGACUUUAUGUCUAAAUCUGUGUUCAAAAAACUCUUGUGUCCUUUAAAACGUUCUCCUUCUAAACGUCGAAGCAUGUCUCGUACACGUACACGUGAUCAAACUGAUCCAGAAGGAACUUUUUCUACAUGUUCAACUCCACCUCCAGCAUUUGAAGAUGCCAUUCGACGUGAUUUUGUUCAUGAAAAACGUUCUAGUAUGACUCGUAUAAGACGUCCUUCUCCUGGUCUACGAACUGAUGGUCCAUCAGGCUCAUUGCAUGCUGGUGAGAGUAAGUCAUCAACAUUGAGUGUAGGAUCAGGCAGUACUACAUCUGGCAUUGGGGGUUCAGCAGGCAGACACUCAGUAGAGGCAACAUGGACAGAAGGCACUCCUAGCUACACUGAGUCAUCAAGCAGUGCUGAUAUGGCAUCAGAUACUUUACAAAAUAUUAAUGUUUUAGUGGGUGAUCUUAAAUCUUUAGAAAUGACUCGUUUAUGAAUUGUAAAAUAUUUUAGUAUAAAUCAUGCAGAUGUUUUUUCUAAAAAUUCAUAAUAAGAGCUUUACAAUUUUAUUAGCCAGUAUGCAACAUUCAAUUUUAUAAGAACGGAAAUAAAUUCAGUAUAAGCAAAUAUUUACUUAAUUA